GAACAAGCAAGUAACCAGAAAAAAGCAUGGCAUUUUCUGCAUGGUUGUGGUGAAAAGCAGUCUCUAUGCCAUUUAAAACCCUUUGUUUAUUAUUAUAUCAAAUAUCAAAUCUCCUCGACCUUGCUAAAAUCUCCAACCCAAAUUCAUGUAAAUGAAAAGUUUCUCCAACAAAAGCAUUGAGUUGUUGAGAUCACACUCCCCAUAUAAGUCAAUUCUCUAAAAGCUUUAUCUUUCUCUCUCUUUGAAAAACCCAACUACAGUCAUGAUUCUCUAUAAUGUCUCAGCCAUAGGAUUGUCUUCUAUUUGAUUUGGAUCCUAAAAUUUGAAGGGGUGUUGAGUUUAAUGGGCUUUUGAAGUUGAAGAAUUCUAGAAGAUAUUCAGUUUUACUGAAAUUCCAAAGUGAAAUUCUUGUAAUUUGGUCCCUGCUCAUUUGUUUGUUCUGGGUCUUGAGCCUAUCAGGGUUUAGGGUUUUUCAGUCAUUGCGUCUUAUUAUUAUUAUUCGAUUUAAAUCUACCUAUAGUACAACAUGGGUCCCAAAUAGUUAUAGGAUGAGUUUUAUUAUAAUUUUUAAUAAAUAAAUCAUUUUUCUGUAGAAGCUCAGGCUAUGCUUCAAACAAAUGGUUUCACAGUUGCAAUAGACAAGAUGUAUUGAAUUAUAAAAAAAAAAAGCUCAAAUUUUCUUAGGAAGGAAAAAUUCUUUUUUGGUUAUUUCCUUAAUGGGUUUAACUGGGUUUUUUCUCCUAUGUGUUCUCCACUCUUCGAUAGCUCUGACUUGUGGAGUUUUGAUGAUGUUCUAUGCAAACGAGUUCGCUGUGUUUGGCCAUGGAAGAGAGACUGCUAUAAAGCUUCAAGGGUCAACCCAACGAGAUCAGCUUUUGAUCCAAACCUCUGAUUCAUUUUCGGGUUUGCUUCUAUUUGCUAUUGGGUUCAUACUGUUAAUGGUGGCUUUUGUUAAAGACAGAGAGUUUCAAAGUUUCUUUGCUAAAGGGUGUGUUUUGCUUCACAUUGCCAUGGCCAUCUGGAGAGUCUACUUUGAGAGAAAACUUGAAGACCUUGCUCGUGAUUGGCCCAGGCAGGUUGUUGGAGAUAUUACACUAGCCUUUUCAUGGAUUUUUCUACUUGUUUACUCAUGGAGAGAAAAAUAUGAUUAGUUGGGUAACUACACUUUACUUGUUUACAAAGCAGAGGAUAUCAUUUUUGAGGAGGAAGGUAUUCUUGAUUUUUGAACCCUUUAAUUUGGUUACUCUGCUUCUCGAUUAGAAAUGAAAAUAAAAAUUGAAAAACGUUUGUUUGAAGGAGUUUGUGCAAAACUUUAUGUUCAAUCUGGAAAGGUAUCUCUUGCUUUAUGCUACAACUUUUGGACCAGAUUUCAUCAAAGAAUAGAUUGAAUGCACUCUGAGUUAGUGUAUUUAUCUGAAUCUUGUAAAUCUUGAUGGAGAUGGGAUCUGAAAAAUGAAAGCAAGAUCUUGGGCUGCCUUGUUUGCUUAACCUGAAAGUAGGAAAAAUGGUUUGCAGCCAUUUCUACAUCUUAUUCUGAUUACCCUUCUUGUAAAUUUCCUCAGGCCAUAUGUUACAGUCAAAUCAUGAGAAAUAUGUAAACUUUAUUUUCAUUACAUUUGUAGGAUACUUGCAGCUUUGACUCAACGUCAUAUAAUAAAAAUGUAACGUUAUUUUCCA